GCCUCGACGCCGCCGGAGCCCACCGUGUCGCCCUCGGCCUCGAGUGACACGGUGGGCGUGUUCUGGGACAUUCAGAACUGCAGCGUGCCGCGUGGUAAGAGUGCGUGCAAAGUGGUGGACCGGGUGCGCGAGUUGCCGUGGCUGCGGGGCAAGGCCGAGCACGAGUUCGUGGUGGUGUGCGACGUGACCCAGAUGCACGAGGACACGUUGCACGAGCUCAACCAGAGUCAGGUGUGCGUGCAGCACGUGAGCGCCGCCAAGAAGAACUCGGCCGAUGAGAAGCUCCGGCAGAACAUGAACAAGUUUGUGGACCUCUUCGGACGGCGAGCCACCCUCGUGGUCAUCUCCGGCGACACGGACUUCCUGGGUGAUCUCUCGGAUUUUCGUCGCCGCAAAGGUGUGACGGUGGUGCUACUCCACAAUCGUCAAACCAACGAGUUUCUCUUGAAUGUGGCCAACGUGAAGAUCGACUUUAAUGCGCUUUUGGAAGAUAUCCCCAAAAGCAACUCGACUUCACCUUUCACGUUCAACGAGCUUGAGAUCACACAGUUGCCUUCCCCUUGUUCCAUGCACCCCAAAGUUGUUAAGCAAAGGCUCGAAGAUAUUUGCCAAGCCCAUCAAGGCAAACUGAAGUUAUUCAUUAGCGAUCAGCGAAUAGCCGUGCUCAAAUUCGAUCAAGGAGACAAAACCACCAAAGCUCUGCAUGCCUUACGGACCAACUCGUACGGUUUGUAUGGCCUGCAAGUCGAUUACAACAAGCGUGGGUUCAAUCGCGCCAAAACGCUGUCAGCCAGUCCUAGUCUGGACCUGCAGCCGCAAUUUCCCCCGCAUUUGCCUACGGAGAUCGCUAAAACCAGACCAAUAGCCAAGGUGACGGCGGUGAAUUCUUAUGUCCAAUCAAUGACAGCAACUGCCCAAGUUUUGGAACCCAACCAACUGAUGGUCACGAAAGACGUCAACAGCGAUUUGAGACGAGUCAGUUCAAAUGUAAUGGAGCUUCAGAAGAAUUCCCAACAUCCCCCUGAUCUAUCCAAGUUAUCGCCCAUGGCACGACGAAGAAUGCAGAUUCUGGAAGACUCACGCGGUUUAAGCCCCAGUCCUGCCAACAAUGGAGCGAAGAAGAAGAAGAAACGACAGCGAUCGCGGCGGUCCCAGAGUCGCCAAUCCUCGAGAUCGCGAACUCACUCGGGCACCUCUGAAGAGAGCGGCGAGAGUCGAGAUGUGUUGGUCGAAGAGUUUCGAGCUCUGGGUAUUGGCUCGUGUCCGGGUAAGAUCCAAGUAGUUGUGACAGUUCUUGCCCCAGAUCUGACCUCCGCUUAUGUUGAGAGCUACCUGAGUCAAUGCUUGGGUUUGGACCUCACUGGUUUGAAGAAGUCUCAAGGACAAUGGAGUGUCACGAGCCUCCUCUCCGGCAUUGAUGAAGUCCACCGAGUUCAAGAGCUGAUCCAAAAGAAACCCGAUGGAAUGAGUGUCAAGAUAUUGCACACAAAUGACAAACACUAUCGACAAAGCCAGGUGUAUGCCCUGGUUCCGGAGAAAGGGAACAUCCCGUGGAAUGAUAUCAAAUCCCAGAGUCAAAUGUUCCUCACCUUCGAUGAGGUCAAGGCCAUGUCAGACUUGAUUGUCGUCCAGGAUUUGGAAGGAGAGUAUUGGCUUGAACGAGCACACAGUGAUGCUAAUGAUGGCCCUCGACUGAUACUUCCAACCGUCUUGACAACCCUGUCGAAACUCAAAGACAGACUCCAGAAGGCCUUCUGGACUCACAACAAUAAUAUUCCAUUCGAUUCAAUGUUGGACGCUCUUAAUACCAAGGACCCAAAUGAUCCCAUUCCAAUUUUGCCCGCCAAACAAGGAGGGGUCCCACUAGAGCAACUUCUAAAUGCUCUUGAUAUGUCUGAGGUUGUCCACGGUAUUCAUGGCAGAGCCUUUGUUUGUCCCAAAGGCGAGAAACCCAAACCCAAUGCCAAGAAUCCCGGGCUAGCCGUUUUGGAACGGAAGUUUCUGCACGUAUUAGAGUUGACCCCUUUUCAUCGGAUGGUCUGGGAGACGGACUUCUACGAAAGCUUCUAUGUCGCCUUUCAAGAAAGGUUGAACGAUGUUUGCGCCCCAUUCGGAGGAGUGGAGAAUGUCCUUGAUCAGCUCAAGGACACUUUUCGACUCAUUGGAAUGAAAGAGAAAGCUGAGAUCACGCUGAACAUCCAUUACCAAAAACGGGUGUUCAUGAUCGCUCUCAGAAAAGUAUUGGCCUCUCAGCCCCCAACCAGCCUUCGUCGUGGAAUGUCUGUGGAACCCAAGGCUCUGGCUCCUUUGUUCGAGGCACGACUGAAAAAGCCCUUUCGGGUCAAUGAUUUCGGUGUAUGCACCGUUGAAGAUUUGCUGGAAAUCAUGCUUAAGUCCAAGCAAAACUUAUUUCAUCUAGCCGAAGGACGACUUCAUUUCAAGGACGGGAUAUUGAGCUUCUUAACUCGAAGCGCGUCCAUUUUGAGCCGCGUGGAUGGUUACUCUUGUUCAGUGGAGGAAUUCAAUCGAUUGUACACCCAAGCCUAUGGAGCCUAUUCCAUAGCAAACAUGAGCUUCAAAUCCUUGAAGGAUCUGUGUUCCGAAUUCAUGCACGAGCUCGAGUUCUCCCCAGGGAAUCCAGGAUCCCCAGAUCGGAUUAGUCUAUCCAAGCAGCAGAAACUGCGCCAUUUGAAAGCCACUGUUUGUCAGGUGGUCAAGGGCAGCCAGGAGCAUUUGCUUCCAUUGGAUCAACUUCAUGCCGAAUGUAUGAACAAGAACCAGUACGAUCUGACCGCAAAUCUGGCCUACCAUGGCCUAGAUCUGCCUAGUCUAGCCAAAAGCAUUGGCAAUGAGACGGAUUGGGUUACCGUCGCCUGUUCCGGGAAGAAAGUUGCUCUAGCGUGGAACAACGGCCAAUGGUUGGAGCGUUUCCAGAAAAGAAUCGUGUUCCUCUUGUUCCACUGCCCUGGGAGGAGGAUCAGGAUCACUCUAUUGGAACGACUCUUCACCAUGACCUAUGGUGGAGGUCUGUUUCUCUCCUUAGCCCAAGUUGAGGAUAUGCUGAAGGGCCCCGACGCGAUUCUAUUCGCCAAAGAAGUAUCGGGUGAGAAGAUCGUUCAGCUUCACGAGAAGGGAGUGAUCCUUGCCUGUCUGGCCACGCUAGUCCCGAAAUCGAACGGUAAACUACAAGUGGCCAACGUGCCACCUACCUGGAGAGCUCGAUACGAUCAAGUUAUGGCAGGAUGGUCCAAUGAAGAAUUGGCCAAACUGGUCAACUUCGUCCCCGGAGUACUCACCUUUAACGAAGGGUUCCUAACCUUGGAUCCGGAGGGGAGUCAGUUCUUUCUGACCUUGCCGAAACCCAAUGUUAUGGACUUUAUGGAGCAAGUAGUCAGAGAUGAGACUGCCACCCUAAAGGCGUCCAAGGGACCAAACUCACACCCCAAGCCAUCUCGAAUGGCUGCAUCCUUUUCCCCCGGGAUGAGGUAGAAACGUACCGGUACAUGUUCUGUUUGGAAUGACAUUCCACUAGAAAAGGGAAAGAUGUGUUCGAAUUGAACUCAUUCAAAUUGAGCUUGACAUCAGUCACAAGUUUACUAUGGGUAUUAGAACGGGUGAAAAUUGUGAAUAAAUGUGCAACUUCAAGACAUGGAUCCUGUUUGGUCCAUUUGGAUGAGAGGAACCCUUCACUUGAGAAGGACGCUGGCCCCUACAGCUGCUUUCAAUUGUCAUCCAACUUUGAAGAUCUCUAAUGUGGCCUGCCAAUUUAAAUAAAGCAUGUCCAAUCUAAAUGCGA